GCUGCUGCUGGAGGUUACACCAAAAUACUGAGGAUACUUUUGAACUGCCCAGGAGGGGUUGAUCACAGAGACAACAGUAACUCGACGCCUCUUAUCUGGGCCGCGGCUAAUGGGCAUGAGGAUGCAUUGAACUUAUUACUCAAGAGCGGCGCAGGACUGAAUUCUGCAGAUUCCGAAGGAAAAACUGCAAUUAUCUGGGCAGCCAAAGCAGGGCACACCGGAAUGAUUGAAAUUCUGUUCGCAAAGGGAGCCGAUCCACACAUCAGGGAUAACCACGAGCGUACGCCACUAAUUUGGGCAGCUGGCCGAGGACACACAGAAGUAGUGAACUUUCUAUUGAAAAAUGGAGCUGAUCCACUUUCAUCUGAUAAAGAUGGCCUCAACUCUUUAUCCUGGGCUGCUGCUGGAGGACACUUCAAAGUAGUGGAAAGACUUCUUGCAAAUAGGAUGGCUAUCGACUCUCUGGACAAGGACGACCGCACACCGUUAUCGUUUGCCGCCGAGGGUGGCCAUGAAUGUAUGAUGAUAACCCUUCUGGAACACGGGGCAGAUCCUAGUUGUCAUGAUAGCAGUGGCCGCACACCUUUAUCUUGGGCAGUCGCCAGCAACUCAGCAGGAGUGCGGGUGCUGAACGCACUUUCGAAAGUUUCACUUGAAACUUUGAACAUGCAAGACAAAACAGGACGCACGGCAUUAUCGUGGGCUGCAGGGGUAGGAAAUAUCGAAGCUGUAAAGAUACUACUGCAAAAAGGUGUUAACUGGAGCCUUGCGGACAACAAUGGUCGUACACCGCUCUCUUGGGCUGUGGGGAGCGGUAAUCUUGCAGUGAUGAAGCUUUUACUCAAUUGCGGUGCAAACCUCGACUGCGAGGAUGACAGUGGCCGUACCCUCCUCUCCUAUGCUGCUGAAGGUGGAGAAGAAGAGAUCUUUAAAAUUAGGCUUCUUGACCAUGGCGUUGACCUCGACUCCAGGGACAAUAAUCUUCGGACGCCGCUGUCAUGGGCAUCCGGGGGAGGAUACACUACAGUUGCGGAGACGCUCCUGAAGAGGGGAGCGGAAAUCGACUCGAGUGAUAAUACAGGCCGCACACCCCUAUCCUACGCUUUGGAGGGUGGAUUUGAUAAGAUCGUGACUUUACUU